UGUCAGGGGGAAGGGUGUGUACGUGUGGGCGGCUUGCACUAGACUAGUGCUGGACUGGACCAACCUAGUUAGGUUAGACGCUGGCCUUACAGCAUGUACUAACAGUAUUUAGCAAGUAACCUUGCUAAGGUUAGUAGACCUCUCGCUUCAGCUCAGGACCGCACAGGCCAUGGGGCCAGCUGUGCGUCUGUAGGCAGCCUGAGCUUUGCGUCGCCUCGCGGAUUCCAGCACGACUGCGGGCUACGGACUGCGGGCAGUAGCAGCUCAUCAUCAUCCGCUAUCAAUCCGUCUCGAGAGGUGAGAGGUGCAACGUCAACGUCAACGCCAACGUCAAACACCACACCCAAACAACCAAUCUGCAAAUCUCCACCUCCUCCCUCCACCUCCAACUACUCGCCCGCUCUCGCUUUCUGUCGCAACAUCACCGGCGCCUUCCCCAGCUUGACAGGUACGAAUCCGACCGGCUACGAGAAAAUAGUUCAUCAUGGCGGACGCAGCCUUCAAGCCCGAGAAGGAUUUCUCCAAGGAGGCUGACAAACAGAUCCCCGAGGCUGAGAAGCUGGCCAAGAACGACCUCGGCGCCGCUGUCGAAAAGCUCACAGUCCUCGAGAAGCAGACCCGACAGGCAUCAGAUCUUGCUUCCACAACAAGAAUCCUCAUCGCGAUAGUCACGCUAUGCAAAGAAGCCGGCAACUGGAGUUUACUCAACGACCAAGUACUGAUUCUCUCCAAGAAGCAUGGCCAACUCAAGCAAGCCAUCACCAAGAUGGUCCAGGCCGUCAUGAUCUUCAUUGAUGAAACACCAAACCUCGACACCAAGCUUACCGUCAUCGAGACUCUACGCACCGUCACAGAGGGCAAGAUCUUUGUCGAAGUCGAGCGAGCCCGUGUCACCAAGAUCCUCUCCGACAUCAAGAAGCAACAAGGCGACCUCAAGGCCGCCGCAGAUAUCCUAUGCGAACUUCAAGUCGAGACCUUUGGUUCCAUGGAUAGGCGGGAGAAGACAGAAUUUAUUCUUGCACAGGUCGCACUAUGCAUCGAGAACGACGACUGGACCCAGGCAAACAUCCUCAGCCGCAAGAUCAGCACGAGGUUCCUCGCCCGGAAGCCCAACAAGACCCCAGAACAAAUAGAGAAGGAGAAGAAGGCGAGAGAGGACAAGAUCAAGCGUGGUGAAGAGGUGCCCGAGGAGAAGGAGGACGACGUCACCGACCUGAAGCUCCGUUACUACGAGCAGCAGAUCACCUUGGCCAAGCACGAGGGCAAGUACCUGGAUGUCUGCAAGCACUACAGGCAGGUCUUGGACACAGAGGCGGUAGAGGAGGAUCCCAAGAAGCUCCUCCCUACUCUCCAAAGAAUCAUCUACUUUGUCAUCCUCGCCCCCCACGACAACGAGCAACACGAUUUGUUGCAGCGCGUCUUCCGGGAUCCCCGCAACGAGAAGAUUGAAGACGAUGCCCGGUUACUGAAGCAUUUCACUGUCCACGAGCUCAUGCGCUGGCCGGAGAUUGCCAAGCUCUACGGCCCUCACCUCUGCUCUACCGACAUUUUCGACAGCACACCCAGUGCUUCCGGCCAUGAGAAGGCACAUGAGCGCUGGCAAGACUUGAGGAAGCGAGUCAUCGAGCACAACGUCCGCGUCAUCGCCAAGUACUACACUCGUAUCGGAAUGAAGCGCCUGACACAACUGCUGGACCUGACAACAGAGGAGACGGAGAAGUACAUCUCGGAACUCGUCUGUUCCAAGACCAUCCAUGCACGCAUCGACCGUCCUGCUCAGGUUGUGAGCUUCGCCAAGCCUAGAGAUGUUGAUGACGUUCUGAACGAGUGGAGUCACAACAUGAAGGACCUGCUGGGACUCCUGGAGCGUGUUGAUCACCUUAUCACAAAGGAGGAGAUGAUGGCUCGCAUCCAACCGGGUGCUCAAGGCAAGGGGGCCAAGGAAAAGAAAGGCAAGAAGGCCAAGGCAUAGUGGCAUUAGCACUCGCCUCAAUCAGAGGAUCUGGUCUGGGUUCCACUCAGACCAGCUGUAAUGAGGACGAAAUACAGGUCUGCACAGCAUUGUGCAGAGUGUAUAUUACCAGUAGAUGACGGCAUAAUGCCAUAGAGAGCUGGACGCGUUUAUCUCGACAUGCGCUCAUGAAAUGUGAACAUAUGGCAAACUUGGAGCAAUGCUCUACUUUCGUGUAGAUCCUUGGAGUGCAAUUGUUUUGAUCAAUCAGCGUCCGUUCCCGGGACUGUUCAGUUGUCGACUGGCCAGCGCCGCCAGCGCCGAUUUUCUCGGUGGAG